CCAAUCACAGAAGUUUUUCAUGAAUUUGCGCGGCGCUCUAUAGUUUUAGCUGGUUAGCAUGCUAGCAUUAGUGUUGUCGUUUAAAUUUCGAAGCACUGAUACCACGGUUAUUUUAAGUGUUUGAAUAGUACAAGAUAAUGCCCUCUAGUGACGUUUGAUAAAUGUAGUAGCUUUGUGCUAUGAGGUUUUUACCGCACUAGUUUUGCUUUUUCGGGAUGUUUUUACCCUUAACAUGGAGUCAAAAAGAGGGGAGAUUCCCAACGGCGUACUAGACGAUCUUUGCAGCCGCUUCAUUCUUCACAUCCCUAGUGAAGAGAGGGACAAUGCCAUCAGAGUUUGCUUCCAGAUUGAGCUUUCCCAUUGGUUUUACCUGGAUUUCUGUCUGCAGAAUUCACCAGGAUUACCUCAGUGUGGGAUAAGGGACUUUGCCAUGGCUGUUUUUAAUCACUGUCCAUUCCUGCUGCCCCAAGGAGAGGAUGUUCAGAAGGUUUUAGAGCAGUGGAAAGAGUAUAAGAUGGGUGUACCAACAUUUGGUGCAAUUAUUCUUGAUGAAACGCUUGACAAUGUGUUGCUGGUCCAGGGAUAUCUGGCCAAGUCUGGCUGGGGUUUUCCUAAAGGGAAAGUAAAUGAAGAUGAGGCUUUCUAUGACUGUGCUGUGAGAGAAGUUUUGGAGGAGACAGGCUUUGAUAUCCGUGACCGUAUUUGCAAAAAUACAUAUAUUGAGCAGAGAAUUUCAGAUCAGUUAGCUCGAUUGUAUAUUAUUCCGGGAGUUCCUAAGGACACAAAAUUUAACCCCAAGACCAGAAGGGAAAUAAGGAACAUUGAAUGGUUCCCAGUGGACAAGCUGCCCUGUCACAGGAAUGAUAUGACUCCUAAAUCCAAGCUUGGACUGGCUCCAAACAAGUUUUUCAUGGCUAUUCCAUUUAUGAGACAGCUCAAAGAGUGGGUAGCCAAAUACAAAGGAGAAUCAACGAGCAGUGAUGAGGAUUUGACGUCCAAUGGCAGCACACCAUCCAAACCUUUCCGCUCUAAGUGCAGAAAAUCUCAGAUGUUGGUUGAAAUGUCACCAGGGUCAGGUGACUGCUGGUCAAAGCAAAAACAGCAAAAAACCCUUGGACAAACUGCCCAGAGUGAAUUAGAUGUGCUUAAACCCAAGCACCGACCCGCCAAGGCAUGGACUCUACAAGACCCCUGAAGGUGUCCUGUAAUAUCUGGCACCAAGACAUUAGCAGCAGAUCCUUCAAGUCCUGUCAGUUGCGAGGUGGAGCCGCCAUGGAUUGGACUUGUUGGUCCAACACGUCCCACAGAUGCUCAGUCAGAUUGAGAUCUGGGGAAUUUGGAGGCCAGGGCAACACCUUGAACUCUUCAUUAUGUUCCUCAAACCAUUCCUGAAUAAUGCGUGGCAGCGUGCAUUUUCCUGCUGAAAGUUGCCACUGCCAUCAGGGAAUUCCAUUGCCAUGAAGGGAUGUACCUGGUUUGCAACAAUGUUUAGGUAGGUGGCACGUGUCAAAUUGACGUCCACGUGAAUGGCCGGACCCAGAGUUUCCCAGCAGAACAUUGCCCAGAGCAUCACACUCCCUCCACCGGCUUGUUGUCUUCUCACAGUGCAUCCUGGUGCCAUCACUUCCCCAGGUAAACAGCGCACAUGUACAUGGCUGUCCAUGUGAUGUAAAGGAAAAGGGGCCUCAUCAGACCAGACGACCUUCUUCCAAUGCUCCAAAGUUCAGACACUUGCUUGCCCAUUGUAGGCGCUUUUGGCGGUGGACAGGGGUCAUCAUGGGCACUCUGACCGGUCUGCGGCUACGCAGCCCCAUACGCAGCAAGUGCGAUGCACUGUGUGUUGUGACACAUUCCUCCCGUAACAUCAUUAAAAUUUUCUGUGACUUGUGCCACAGUAGACCUUCUUUUGGUUCGGACCAGACAGGAUAGCCUUCGUUGCCCUUGCACAUCGAUGAGCCUUGGGUGCCCAACACCUUGCCUGCAUCCUUUGGAGAGAGAGCAUACCUUUAGUCAUGUUGUAUUUGCAUGUGUAAUUGGUUCUUAUGUACGAUUAUGUUUUAUUUGUUUUGAGAUGUUUUUGGACACUAGGAUAAAUUAUUUUUGUAAUGCUAUAACUUUUGAUUGUUUUGUGGUAUCAACCCAAAAUUUUACUCCGUUACAGGUGACAUGUUUGGAAACAAAAACAUUUUCCAAAGCUACCUUAUUUACACCUGAGAUAUACAUGUCAGAUCAGAGAAAUAAGAAAAAAAAAAGUUAAUUUUUGGCUUUUGUUUUUUUCUUCUUUUUUUUCAGCAGUUUCUUGGGCUAAGAGUCUCAAAAUUCAUCAUAAUCUAUAUCAUUUUAUCAUUGUUUUUAUUUAUUUAUUUUAACAACAGCCUAUAAUUUUGGGAAUGCCACUGAAACAGGAAAUCUUAAAAAAAAAAAAAAAAAAACCCUCAGAGCUUAAAGGGUUAAACGAUGUUGCAAGAAAAAGUAUGUCAACAAUUACUGAUUGUUCCUCAAGUAGCUAGUUUACUUUGUCUAGAUUUUUGUCUAGAUUUUUUUUUAGCCAUUUGCUAAGCAACAAAUGAAGCAAAACAAUUGUUUACUAAUGAAAACCUUGACAUUUGCUUGAUUUUAGAUUUUAAAUAUCUGUAGAGUGAUUUGCAUUGUGCAUACAUUCUAAUUGGCAUGGCAAGUAGAAGAAUGUUAGCAUGAAAGGAGUUUUAUAAUUUUUUUUUGAUGAACAUAUGUUUUUAAAGGUUUUUCAAAAAUCUUGGCUUGGGAACUGAGGGCUGUUUCCGAUUCAGAACUGAACUUAUUUUUUUAUGCAGGAACCAAAAGAUGUUCAUUACUCUAGGUUUCGGUUAUAGCUCUUGAAGGUGCAUUCUUCCACCAAUGCAAACGCAACACCAUGGUAAAAUACGCUGACAGUGCUUCCUGCCCUACUGUUCAGCAGCACUGUAACCAGGGGUGGAAAGAGUACUGAAAAAUCAUACUCAAGUAAAAGUACCGUUACUUCCCAGAAAAUGUAGUGUAAUUAGAGUAAAAGUACAAGUCUUAAAAACUACAAAUAAGAGUAAAAGAGUAGUUCAUUUAAAAGUACUUAUGAGUAGUGAGUAUUGAGUACUGAGUUGCGAAAGCUAUGCACCAUUAUAAUAAACACUGUAUGCAGCAAUUUCAAAAUGUAGCACACAUACUGUAAUUUACUUUCCCUUUUAUGGCUGUUUGCCAGAAAGAAUAAAAAAUAAAGGUAUUUUAUAAGUCAACUUUUAAAAUGCAUCACUUAUCUAAGAAAAACACUACAUGAAUCUGAUUCCAAAAAAAUAAAAGGGCGACAUGAUUACAGAAAUGAAAAGAUGAAAAACGUUAUUUUCAAUACACUGAUCACCAUUUUAAAUCGUAAAGUAUGAAACCAUUACAUUAAUUUCAAUCAAUUUAUGUGUAGGGUCUAAAAUGCCCUUAAUGCCGAGUUAUUGUUGCGGAGUUAACAUGAGCAAGUUAUUGUUGUGCAUAAAACAUGUUCAAAACAAUGCAAGGAAUGCAAACUUGGCGUGUCAUGUCCUACACAAUAGAGGAAGUAGAGCAGGGGUGGGAAAAGUUGUUUGGUACAGGGGCGACAUCGGGCUUUAAAGGAAUAAUUCACCCAAAAAAUUCUCUCAUUAUUUACUCACCUCAUGCCAUCCUGGAUGUGUAUGACAUUCUUUCUUCAGCAGAACACAAAUGAAGAUAUAUCAUUUAUAUAAUAUCUCAGCUCAGAUCAAUAUUUAAGUCCAUUUUUACUAUACUUACUAUAUUUUUUAUAUAUUUUAUACUUUUUAUAUACUUUACUAUAAAUUCUCCUCCCCGCUUAGUCAAUCUCCACUUUAACUUUCACAUUCUUCUUGUGUUUUUUUUUUGUCACAUUCUUCAUGUAUAUUGCCACCUACUGGGCAGAGAGAAGAAUUUCUAGCAAAAAUUGACUUAAAUAUUGAUUUCUCACCCACAUCUAUCAUAUCACUUCUGAAGUCAUGGAUUUAACCACUGGAGUUGUAUGGUUUAUGCUGCCUUUUAUGUGCUUUUUGAUGCAUCAAAAUGUUUGCACCCAUUCACUUGCAUUGUGAGGACCUACGGAGAUGAAAUAUUCUUCUAAAAAUCUUAAUUUGUGUUCUGCUGAAGAAAGUCAUACACAUCUGGGAUGGCAUGUGGGUGAGUGAAAGGUGAGAGAAUUUUCAGUUUUGGGUGAACUAUCCCUUUAAGUAGUACAUGGGGGGGCCACAUUGUACUUCUUUUGAGAUAUAAUGUUCCGCAUUGAUUUAAUUAUUGUAUCUUUUUAAGCCCAGAAAUAGUUGUGUUCUCAUUCUAAUAAAUGAUGCACAAUUUUCUGAAGUGUAUUUGUGACUGAUGGGUCUAUUCUGCCUUAAGUAUUGCUCUACAAAGGUUGAUCAUUUUUUUAUUUUUAUCAGGCAUUAGAAACAAAUUGAUAAAGGCUAAGCAUAAUUAUAACUUAUUUUAUCAUCUCUACUUUUCUGAUAAUUUAUUAUACAAAUUAAUGCUCUCUACAUCAGGGGUUAGUAUUUUUAAAACUAACAAUCAUUAAAAAAAAUAUUAAUAUUAAAAAUGUCACUUUUACUAUAUUAAAUUAGUACUUUUAAAGCUAUAAAGUAAUAAGCAAUAAAAAAAAAAGUUAUUCAGCCAAACGUAGUGAGGGGUUUUCUCGUUUUCUUGCUAUUGUUGUUUGAUUAAUUGCCUUUUUAUGCAUACUAGACGUUGGUCUAUUUGGUUACAUGUACACUUCAAGUCUGACAUUUUGAUACAAAUACGUUUUUUUUGUCCCACUGUUUACAUUUACUUUAUACACAACCAACUGCGUUUACAUUAAUACCUCACCAAGACUGGCAUUGUUAGAAUUAUAAAGUGUAUUUGAUCAUUUAGGCACGUACCCACAAUAGCGCUCUCGGAACACACACACAUGUAAAGCGCACACACAUAAGCCGCCUGUCAAUCAAACAGCGGACAGUGUCAGACGCCAGGAAAUAAAAACUCAGUCUUUUAUAUUUUAUCUAGAUCAACCAACCAGUGGUGGUUUUGCUAUCCUGAUCGAUGUAAUGAACACCCCUGCUCUAGAUGUAGAACAUAGGCUAAGUAUAGAAAAUUACUCAAAAGUUUAUCAUCGAUGUCGAGGACAUCUCUUUUUUUUUUUUCUGAUAAACAUCAAGAUCGUUUUUUCACCUAGCCCUAUUGAUAACAUUGCAUCAAUCUCUCACAGCAACCCAAUAAUCUCGAUAUGUUUCUUCUAAAUAGAGGCAGAAUUAAUGCUGAUAUCUGGCUUGAGCAAGCUAAACUCACAUGACACGAUCAAGCAAUUGUCCUUUUUCACUACUAAAAGCCCUUUGAGGUGCGGCCAUGAAUUUUCAGAUGUUGAACUGUUGUUUGAGGCAUAGUCCACAUCCAUAACAGUUGGUGCCCGAUCUACAGCUACCGUUUCAAUGCGUGUUUUGAUUUGACAGGAGUCACGAGACUCUCAUAGCCAAUCAUGUUGAUGGAUAAAAAUAAAAUCAGGACAGGGAAGUAGCGAACACAGAGGGAAAAUAGCACAGUGUUGGGGCUUCGUUCAGGAGCAGGUUUUAUUAUUAGCAACAAUUGAUCAUUAUCAAAGAUAAUAAUUAUUUAAAUAAAUAAAACAUUGAUUAGAAUCAACAUUAGCUUAUUAAUCCUUCAAAUCAUCCAUCAUCAAAGAUAACUAUCAAUUAUUAAAAUCAAUAGAAUAUUAAUAAGAAUUAAUAUUGUCGGGAUACCACCCUGGAAUCAGGGACUAAUAACCAGACAGUAUAGCUGUCUCAAUAUAGGAUUGUUCUCUUAGAAAAGUUGACGUCCGGAGAGCAUCGACAUUCGAAAGGGGAACAAUGAAGGCUUGAAUCUGAGCACUGACAUCCCCUGCCAGCCCAUGGCACAGGUGCAUGCAGAACAAUACCAAAACACUUCUCUUUAAAGUAUAAUAAAGUUUAUUGAUGUAGUAAUAUCAAUUAAUAAUCAAUACAAUGCAGUCGAUUCCUCGAAGCUCGGGUGAUGACGGGAGGCCGUUUCCUUGCUCUGUCGGUGGGCGGUACUGCAGCUGAUUCUUGGCGGGUUGGCGAAGUUCACUCGGUUGAAGAAGGAAAAUAAAUUUUCACUUCUGCUGGCAAAAGGGUGAGAUGCGGAUUGCUCAGCAGUUUCCUUCGGAUCCGUUAGUGUGCUCGGUGGAACACGUAGAAUCUCGGCUCGUCCAGCAAGAUGGAGAUUGUUUGGCCAAAGUUCUGGUACAUAUAUUACUUCCUUGGGCAGCGAGGCUACACCUGGGAGCAGCAGGGCUGCAACUAGACGUGGCGAAUACUGUCACUGGAAGCAAGGCUUAGGAGGAAUCUCGGGGAUUUUAUGCUCUCGAUGACAUCAUGGUUGAGGGACAUGUUCUGUCAUGCGUUUCAUCCAAUAGGAGUUGAGAGUUCGAUCCUUCAGAAUUUCACACCUAGGUGUAAAGUGAGCAAGGCUUGAUGGGAUUGUGUUGUCUGAUUGGACUCUCUGUUUGAUUUUGGCGCCGUUUUUGUGUUAUCAGGCUUUGAGUGUUCCUACAGUCCUCAGUCAGGCUUUAUGAUUAUGUAUAGGCCUGCCUUUGUCUACUGUCUGAGCACGAGGCCCAACACAGUAAAAGUACAGUUACAGCACUUAAAAUGUACUCGAGUAUAAUUACAUUUCUGGGAAAAACGACUUGAUUGCAAUAAUGUGAGUAUUUGUAAUUCAUUGCUUUACACCCCUGACUGUAACACAUAAGAAACAUAGACUCCCAAAUGUCAAAGAUUUGACAAAUGUUCUUUUGAAUCUACACCGCAAAACAUACAGCACUACCUCCUGAACAAUUACCCUUAUCAGCUGCAUAUUUUUAAUUAAUAAUGUACUGAACCGCAAAUUAUUCAUUUAAUUAUUUAAUAAAUUAUUAAUUAUUUAAUUUAAUCAUGACUAAAUGAACCAAGAAUUGUUACUGUGUUAUGUGUACCUAGGCUUGUAAGACUUAAAUCAGAGUAUUUAAUAGAUUGUUGUUGAUAUGACAUGUUGUUAAAGAUGCACAUUAUAAGUAUUGUAAUUAGUGGUAUUUUAUUAAAGAAAAAAAUAAAUAAAAUAACUUUAUUAGUCUGUGUAAACACAGAUUAUGAGAAUCUGUUCUGUUAAAAAAUUAAAUGAUUUCAUCUUGUAACAAGCUGCUGAGGGUGGUAAAUCAGAUAUUAACUGCAUUUAUUAUUUCCAAAUAUUUAUUUCUCAAAAGUACUAAAAAAAUCGUUAAGGUACAGGAAUCAUUUAGAUUAAUCUAAAUCAGAAUCGGAAUAGUGAAAUUCCUUACGAUUACUUUUGUUUGAGAACUCUGUUGACCUCUUGAUGCUUUAUGUUCAGAUCAGGCUCUCUUACAGAUUAUGUUAGGAGCUGAGUGACCUAAUCUUAGACCUUAAGUGAGUUGUGGUCAGUCAUGCUGGAUGUCUUAGAGGUCUGUUUUUUGCUGCUUCAGU